AUGGCUUGUUGUGCUCGUUCAAUUCAAAAAUUGGGUGGUACAAUACGUGAAUUUGCUGCAAGUGGACAAUUAAUUGAUCUUGCCGUCGCUAUUGUUAUUGGCAAUGCUUUUACUAAAACGAUAGAAUCUCUUGUUGAUAAUCUUCUAACACCGAUUAUAGGCUUCUUACUUGAUGGAACUGCUAUUGGUGAUUUACAUGCUAGCUUAGAAGCAGAUCGUUGGUCACAUAAGGCUCCUGUUAUACUUCGUUAUGGUAAAGUCUUACAACAACUCAUUUAUUUUGUUAUCAUUGUAAUCAUGCUUUCUUUAAUAAUUGGCAUCGUGAAUGGAAUAUAUGGUUCACGACGACGAAAUCAAGUCGGAACUGAACAAUUACCAACGAGACAAGAGCUGAUUCUUACAGAACAUACAAAUCUAUUAAAAAGUAUUGCACGUUCAUUAAAUCAUUGA